GUCACUCCAGCACUCAUAGGUCAAUCUUUCUCUUUCUUUCUUUUCUCUCUCUCUCUCUCUCUCUCUCUCUCUCUCUCUCUCUCUCUCUCUAUCUGUCUCUCUCUGCUGGCGACGGACGGAGAGUGGGCGACGCCGACGGCAGUCAGAGAGAUUGCCAGUGUGACCAAAAUAUCAGAUGGAGAAGAUGGAAGCAUCAGCACAUGUUGAUGCAAAACCUGGAGAUGAGGAUAUUACACAAUCUAUAAGACAGUUGAAUAUUGGAGAGACAUCAUCUGCAGGAGCUGGAACAUCAACAAUCCUCUUCAAGAGGAAGCCCGUUAUUAUUAUAGUUGUUGGAAUGGCAGGAAGUGGAAAGACCACUCUGUUGCAUCGCUUGGUUGGACAUACACUUUCUUCAAACAUCCGAGGAUAUGUCUUAAAUCUUGACCCAGCAGUCAUGUCCCUUCCUUUCGGUGCUAAUAUUGAUAUACGAGAUACUGUUAAGUAUAAAGAAGUUAUGAAGGAAUUUAAUCUUGGUCCGAAUGGUGGUAUUCUUACCUCACUUAAUCUGUUCUCUACAAAGUUUGAUGAGGUGAUAUCUGUUAUUGAGAAAAGAGCGGAUCAACUGGAUUAUGUUCUUGUUGACACGCCUGGUCAGAUUGAAAUAUUCACCUGGUCGGCUUCUGGAGCCAUAAUCACAGAGGCUUUUGCGUCAACAUUCCCGACAGUGAUUGCAUAUGUCGUGGACACUCCUCGGUCAGCAAAUCCAUCAACUUUCAUGAGCAACAUGCUUUAUGCUUGCAGUAUAGUCUACAAAACACGUCUACCACUGAUCUUGACAUUUAACAAAAUAGAUGUGGCUCGUCAUGAAUUUGCUUUGGAGUGGAUGCAAGAUUUUGAAGCAUUUCAUGCAGCACUCGAAUCUGAUACAUCUUAUACGUCAACUUUGACGAGAACCCUUUCUUUGAUGCUGGAUGAGUUUUAUAAAAAUCUCAAGACUGUGGGAGUGUCAGCACGGGAUGGUGAAGGGGUUCACAGCUUCUUCAAAGCAGUUGAAGCUAGUGCUGAAGAGUACAUGGAGAGCUACAAGAUUGAUCUUGAUAAGAGACGAGCUGAAAAGGAAUCAUUGGAAGAGGAGCGACGUCGUGCAAACAUGGAGAGGUUCAGGAAGGACAUGGAGAAGACAGGAGGAGAGACUGUGGUCUUGAGCACUGGUUUGAAGAAGAAAGAGGGAGAAGAUAAAAUUGAAGCGGAAGAAGAGGAAGAAGAAGAGGAAGAGGAAGAUUUUGAAAUUACCUCUGACAUGGAAGAGGAAGAUGAUGAUGGCGAAGAUGAGGAGGUUGCAAGGUUCUCUCUUUGAGAGCGUUGAAUAAGAGGAAGAAGAUAGUGAUGAUGGUUCGAUCUUGCAAGGUUGUUAGUUUUGAAAAUAUGAAUGGUUGCAUCAUGUUUGAGGUCGAAGAGAAGGAUGAUUUUCUGGGUGGCAAUGAUUGAAACAAAGUCCAGAGUGGGGAUCUAUUCCUUACGAUUUUGUCCAUGGGAGUUCGUCCUGCAUAUUUUAUCUGAGAAGAUUGGUCCUCUGUAAGCAAUUUUCUUUUUCGUUCUGUUAAUUAAUCAUGUAUGGUUGACUGCGGUACUUGAUGGAGUACAUAUCGUCGAAAAUCCCAAGUAGAGGAACUGUGGAUGUGUGUAUGCAGUUGUUCAUGAAGAAGUAAACUUUAAAGGGGUCUUUUGGUAGAAA